AUGGCGGUGCUGGUUUCCCACCCUUUGGACCCUCUCACGCCUCAGGAGAUCUCUCAGACCGCGAAGCAUGUUCGAGCAGCUUUCCCAGAUGGCGAGGCAUAUUUCCGGGUCAUAACCCUUGCGGAACCAGCCAAGGCCGAAAUGAUGGCUUUCUUAGAGCACGAGCACGGUAAGGGUGGUGUUGUAUCGGAGCAAGCGUCCAAACGGCCAGCCCGCCUCGCCACGGUUCAGGUUUUCCUGGGUCAACCACGGGACAGCGCGCACUUUUAUGAACUCAAGGUCAACGUGGAAACCGGAGAGGUCGUGCACAAGGAACAGCUCCUCGGUCGGCAUCCACACGUCGACGGAUACGACAUGCAGAAGACCGAGGCAGCGUGCCUUGGUGAUAGCCGGGUGCAGGCCGCCAUCAAGGAGAUGCAGCUUCCCGAGGGGGCGGUGGUCAAGAUUGAACCGUGGACGUACGCGACGGAUGGGAUGAACGAUAUGAGCCAGAAGAUCACCAUGUGCUAUUUCUACAUGAAACUGAUCAGUCAUCCGGAUGCAAACCACUAUGCGUACCCCUUGGAUCUGUGCGUCGAGAUGUCUGGCGAUGCGCGGGUGUUGAAAAUCUACCACCUCCCCAAUGGCACGUCGAACGACAUCAGCACGACGGCCAAACCGUACGAUAAGAGGAAAAUCUUCGACGCGGACAUUGAGUAUCACCCAGACUUGGUGCCCGAGCAUCGUACAUCCACCAAGCCAUACCACGUCUUGCAGCCGGAUGGCCCGUCCUUCACCACCACGGGCAACCUCCUACGCUGGGAAAAGUGGCAUUUGCGCGUCGGGUUCAACUACAGGGAAGGACUCACUCUUCACGACGUCCGGUAUGACGGCCACUCAUUGUUCUACCGCCUCUCGCUCUCCGAGAUGUUUGUUCCCUACGGGGACCCGCGAACGCCGUAUGCGCGCAAAGCCGCCUUUGAUCUGGGGAAUGACGGCGCCGGCUGCAAUGCCAACAAUCUGCAGCUGGGAUGCGACUGUUUGGGCCACAUCAAAUACUUUGACGGCUGGCACGCCACCAGCUCGGGGGAUCCGAUCAAGCUCCCCAACGCGGUGUGCUGUCAUGAAAUCGACGACGGGAUUCUGUGGAAACACACCAAUUUCCGCACAAACAAUGCCGUGGUCACCCGCUCGAGGGUCUUGGUGUUGCAGACCAUCAUCACCGUGAGCAACUACGAGUACAUCUUUGCCUUUUACUUUGGCCAGGACGCGUCCUUGCAGUAUGAAGUGCGGGCGACGGGGAUUGUGUCCACCGUCCCGAUCAACGUUGGGGACAAGGUGCCAUUUGGCACCACAGUUGCACCGGGCGUGAUGGCACCGUAUCAUCAACACCUCUUCUGUCUGAGGAUCGACCCAGCAGUGGCCGGGUGGAAGAAUUCUCUCGUCGUCGAGGAGUCGCAUGCUAUGCCGCUUGAGAGCCAGGAUCCCAAUAUCCACAACCCUUUCGGCGUCGGGUACACGACCAAAGCUGAGACGGUGAGCAAAGAAUGUGGAUUGGAUCUUGACCACACGGUCAACCGAGUUUUCAAGAUUGUCAACGAAGGCGUUACGAACCCUGUCACUGAAGGGCCCGUCGGGUACAAACUCGUCCCCUACUAUAGUCAACUCGUCCUUGCACACCCGUCAUCGUACCAUGCGAAGAGAUCCGAGUUUGGCGCGCAUGCCGUCUGGGUGACGAAAUACCACGACGGGGAGCUGUUCGCGUCGGGCGACCACACCAUGCAAUCUCUAGGCGGAGAAGGCAUUGCCAGCUGGAUCGAGAAGCGGCGGCAGGAGCAAGAGUCUUCGGCUGCCAGUGACGUCAAAAACCAAGACAUUGUCGUUUGGCACACCUUUGGAUCAACGCACAACCCGCGCGUGGAGGAUUGGCCUGUGAUGCCGUGCGAGAAGAUGGCCGUUGGACUGAAGCCGGUGAAUUUCUUCGCACGGAAUCCCGCCUUGGAUGUUGCGCCGUCGACACAAGAGAGGAAUCGGAGUGUGCUGGUGGUGGAUGGGGCGACCCCGGCCGAAGUGGUGACCCACAGGCAUUGUUCAAAGCUCUAG